AUGGAAGUGGAAGGAAGGGGGAUCGGUACAGCCUGGUAUUACGCGUCGGGCCCUCUCCAGGUGGAGUUCGUCCUCGUCCUUCUCCUCGUCAUCGAUAUCUUGGUGAUCGUCGUCAGCCUCAUCAUUGCGACUACUUCAUUCCUUUACGCCGCCAACAAAUUUCUUCUCCCUGUCGCCUUCCUCGGCAGGAGUCUCUUCGGGAACGAGAACCCACUGGCUGAUCUGAUGAAUCCUAAUUUCUGGGUGCAUGAUGAUGUGAAUGGCUUUGUUCACCAGCUUUGCUAUGUCUUCUCCAUCCAGUGGGCAUCAUCCAUCACGUCCGCCACUUGA